AUGAAGUUCUACAUCGAUGAUCUCCCCGUGCUCUUCCCUUACCCCCGGAUAUAUCCCGAGCAGUAUGCCUAUAUGAGCGACAUCAAGAAGACCCUCGAUGUCGGUGGUAACUGUAUCCUAGAAAUGCCGUCAGGUACGGGUAAAACGGUGUCGCUUCUUUCGUUAACGGUGGCGUACCAAAUGCACUACCCUGAGCACCGCAAAAUCGUCUAUUGCUCCCGGACCCAGUCAGAAAUCGAAAAGGCGCUUAUCGAAUUGCACAAGUUGAUGGAAUACCGGACCAAGGAGUUGGGCUACGAGGAAGAGUUCCGCGGGCUCGGUCUCACCCUGAGAAAGAACCUCUGCUUGCACCCCACCAUCUCUGCCGAACGGAAAGGUAACGUCGUUGAUGAAAAGUGUCGGCGUAUCACCAACGGUCAGCUUAAGGAGAAAAUCGAACAGGGCAAAGUGACCCCUGAAAUGCAAGCAGCAAACCCGGAAGCCUAUACGAUGUGUGAGUUCCACGAAAACAUGAACGAUAUCGAGUCUCACGACUAUAUUCCCAACGGGGUAUACUCUUUCGAUGCAUUGAUCAACUAUUGCAAGGACCGAGUCACUUGUCCCUACUUCACGGUGCGGCGGAUGAUUUCUUACUGUAACGUGAUCAUUUACUCCUAUCACUAUUUGUUGGACCCAAAGAUCGCUGAGCGGGUGUCUAAGGAGCUUUCUAAGGACAGUAUUAUCAUUUUUGACGAAGCCCACAAUAUCGAUAACGUGUGUAUCGAGGCGUUGCUGUUGGAUCUUACCGACGACACGCUUAAGCGAGCCACUCGCGGGGCGAACCGACUCAGCGACGAGGUGGAAACGCUUCGAGCCCAGGAUUCGGAGAAGUUGAAGAAUGAGUACGAUAAGCUUGUGGAGGGGUUGCGACAGGCUGACCUUGAAAAGCAGGAAGAAACGUUCAUGGCAAACCCCAUUUUGCCCGAUGAUUUGCUUGAAGACGCUGUCCCUGGUAACAUCCGUAAAGCUGAACACUUUGUUUCGUUCCUUAAACGGUUUAUCGAGUACCUUAAGACGCGGAUGAAGGUGCUUCACGUCAUCUCGGAAACGCCACUCAGUUUUCUUCAGCACUUAAAGGAACUUACAUUCAUCGAUAAAAAACCGCUUCGAUUCUGUUCGGAACGAUUAUCGCUUUUGGUGAGAACCUUGGAGCUUAACGAGAUCGAAGAUUUCAAUGCGCUUAAGGACGUUGCCACAUUUGCCACGUUGGUGUCCACCUACGAACAAGGGUUUCAACUCAUUCUUGAGCCGUUUGAAGCUGAAGGGUCUUCGGUGCCGAACCCUAUUCUUCACUUUAGUUGUUUGGAUGCUUCGAUUGCCAUCAAGCCCGUGUUCGAUAAGUUUUCCUCGGUGAUCAUUACUUCAGGGACCAUCUCUCCUUUGGAUAUGUACCCGAAGAUGCUUAAUUUCGACACUGUGAUCCAAGAGUCGUACGCCAUGACCCUCGCACGGCGGUCGUUCCUUCCUAUGAUUGUAACUAAGGGUUCGGAUCAGGUUUCAAUUUCAUCUCGAUUUGAAAUCAGAAAUGACCCCUCGGUGGUGCGUAACUAUGGCUCGUUGCUUAUUGAGUUCUCUAAAAUCACCCCUGACGGGAUGGUGGUGUUUUUUCCGUCGUAUUUGUACAUGGAGCUGAUUAUUUCUAUGUGGCAGACGAUGGGGGUGUUGGACGAAGUGUGGAAGAACAAGCUUAUCCUUGUGGAAACGCCUGAUGCUCAGGAGACAUCGGUGGCGCUUGACACUUACCGCAAGGCUUGUUGCAAUGGUAGAGGAGCGGUGCUUCUUUCAGUGGCUCGUGGUAAGGUGUCGGAAGGGAUCGAUUUUGACCAUCACUAUGGGCGUACCGUACUCAUGAUUGGUAUCCCCUUCCAAUACACCGAGCUGAGAAUCCUUAAGGCACGUCUUGAGUUCAUGCGUGACCACUACCAGAUCCGCGAGAACGACUACCUUUCCUUCGACGCCAUGAGACAUGCUGCCCAGUGUUUAGGGAGAGUCUUGCGUGGUAAAGACGACUACGGGAUCAUGGUGUUGGCUGACCGGCGGUUUGCACGUAAGAAAAACCAGUUACCCAAAUGGAUUGCUCAGGCGUUGAACGACGGUGAUACCAAUCUUCUGACGGACGUGGCUCUUGCUACAGCAAAGAAGUUUUUGCGGACGUUGGCUCAGCCCGUGAAUCCAAAGGAUCAAGAGGGCGUGCUGGUGUGGAACCACCAGCAAUUGUUGGAGUACCAGAAGUUCCACGAAAAGAAACCCGUAGCUGCUGAUGGAGACGACGCCAUGGACGUCGACGAAGCUGAUAUGGCCUUGUUAUAA